ACAAUUCAGCGCCUCAUGUUUCAUUUUUGUUCUAGGUCCAGUAGCAUGGACUUGGAGUCUGCCCUAAAUGAAGCUAGAGUAGCUGUAAAUUAUUUUUUCAAUAACAAGUUUGAUGAGGCACGAAGAACUCUGGAACCUUGGGCAAACAGCAGCAUGUAUCAUGCUGUUGGGCACAGUGUGUUCACAUUUUUGGAGGCUAUGCUGACCUUUGAACACCAACACAUUGAGAAAGCUUCAGAAGCGUUGAAACAGUGUAUGGCAGUGUGUAAUAGGUAUCGCAGGAAGAAUACUAUAACUGAAUCAAUUGGUAAAAUGGUGAAGAAACCUAAUUAUGAUUUAUACACAGCAGAAGAGGUCCAUGCUGAAUUAUGUUACGCAGAAGCUUUACUACUGAAGUCAUUGCUUACAUUUGUAGAAGAUGAAACAUUAGUUAGUUUUAUCAAAGCUGGCAUUAAAAUAAGAUCCUGUUAUAACUCAUACAAAGAGUGUGCAAACAUUCUGCAUACUAGAAAGUGGAAUAAUGAAUCCUAUAAAGUUCAUUUUGAGAGUGGUGUUCGUAUGGGAAUUGGAGCCUUUAAUUUGAUGAUAUCUCUACUGCCUGCUCGUGUAAUUAAGCUCCUAGAGUUCAUCGGAUUUUCAGGUAACAAGGAAGUAGGCCUCAGGGAACUGCAGGCUGGGUACCAGCUGCAUAACAGUAUUCGCCAAGUUUUGUGUGUCAUGACACUCUUAGGAUAUCAUCUAAUUGUACUCUAUGUACUGAGCCAUACUGAUGGAGACCUCGAUUUUUGUGAUGAGAUUUUGAGUACACAACUCAAGAUGUAUCCUGAAGGAGCUUGGUUCCUCUUCUUCAAAGGUCGACUUGAGUUUAUGAAGGCAAAUAUUGAUGAUGCUAUAAAAUGGUACAUUUCUUCGUGGAAAUCCCAAAAUAUGUGGGUGCAGUUUCAUCAUAUGUGUUUCUGGGAACUGAUGUGGACAAACAGUGUUAAACAGAACUGGCAUGAAGCUAGCGAAUUUGCUGGACGAUUGUUUGAAGAAAGUAGAUGGUCAAAAACUAUUUAUGCUUAUCAAAAAGCUGCAAUGUUGUGUAUGCUAGGUGAUGACCUCACUGAUGAUGAACAGACUGAAAUUGAAUAUCUUAUGAGGCAUGCACCUCAAUGGAAGCAGAGGAUAGCUGGAAAAUCAUUGCCAAUGGAGAAGUUUGCAGUCAAAAAGUCGGAACGCUAUUUUUCUCAAGGGAAAAGCUUGGUUCUUCCAGGUUAUGAACUAAUGUAUGUGUGGAACCUGUUCAAACAAAUUGGUAAAAAAUGGGAAAUGUUAGAUUCAGUGUAUAAACGAGUUGAAAAAGUACUCAGAAAGUUGGAAUCAACACGUGAAGAAGGCGAAUAUCAUGCAGACAACAAAGCAUUAGUUUUAUUGUUGAAAGGAACAUGCUUGCGACUGAUGAAUACCCCACUUCAAGCAGAGGAAUCCCUAAAUAUUGUGCUUUCAUUGGAGAAAAAAAUAAAAGAAGAUCUUUAUCUUAUACCGUAUGCUAUGGUUGAACUGGCACUACUAUACAGGAGUCAAAAUGAUCUCUCUAGAGCAGCCCAAUUAUUGGAAGAUGCAAAGAAGAACUAUACUGGGUAUUCUCUGGAGUCACGCCUUCAUUUCAAGAUACAUUCUUUCCAGUCUGAGUUGAACACGAGGAAAUCAUCAGAUGAGACUACUUCAGAACUUUCUAGUCAGUAGUUGAUGACAAAUUUAUGUUUCUAAAAAUGUGUGCAAUUACCUUGACCAAACCAGUAAAACACUAUUUUCUUUCUAACUUCAGUAAAUGUAAUCUCUGGGGUUUUUGAUCUCAAAAGGCAUGAAAACUAUUUUGUCAUUACUGGUUUUUGUACUGGGUAAGAUAUAUACAUUCCAAUUUUUUUUACAUGCUUAAUGCUGUGAUCCAAUUGUUGAACACUUUAUUGACUUGAAGAAAUUAUUUUAAAGAAUGUUUUUGUUUAUUUAAAUAUUGUUAAUGUUUUAGAAGUUUUAAUAUUUUUGACAAAAUAUUUCAUGAUCAUUCUUCCAUUUUAUCUUGCAGUGAAAUAGUUACUCUUCACACAAGUUGAAGUAUCUAGUUACGUUGUUAAACAACAAAUGAUCUACUUCAGUCUUACAUCGAGAAGUCAGAAAAUUGUGUGUUUGUACUUCCAUACUUUUCAUACAGCCACCCCUCACCCCCCCCUGCCCCCCCCCCCCAAUCUCUCUCUCUCUCUCUCUCUCUCACACACACACACACACACACACACACACACACAGUGUGCAUUAGCUCCAUUGUUUGUGUAACACGUGACUGAGCAAAUAAUGGAAGGAGUAAAGGGUACAAUGCCCCAUAUAGUUGAGCAGUUGAUAGGCAGAUGUGCUCAUGUGCUCACACCGCCGUCCGUACCCCCCCCCCCCCCCCGCCCCCGCCCCUUUUCCCUGGAAAGAAAAACUCACACACACACACACACACACACAGCUACAUGGUCGAAAGCUCGAAAGCUUAGCAAUAUUUCCAGUACUUAUAUUCUUCAUUUAUGUGCAUAUCUACCACACAAUCCUUCAUUUAAAUGGUGGGCUGUUACUUUUACUCAUUUCAAUAUUUGUAUUCCAUCUGUAUAACCAGGGAAUCCAUCUGUUAAAAAUGGUGUGCUAUUUAAAUGCUUGUACAAUAUACAGAUAUGCUCAUUACUUAUGUCAGGUGCCACAUAACUCACUCAGCAUUGCUUUUAAGCAGUAGUUUGCUUAACCUUUCAAUUUUUUUAAUUCCUGAAGGAUGUUCUGUGUGGCUUGGUCCAUUCUUCCACAACAAUCAAAUAAUUUUCCCACAUCUCUUCAAUAGUUUACUUGCCCGGAGUUCCAAUGUUGUUGCUGUGUCUUGUUCAGGUAAAACAGGGGAUACGAGAUACAUUUAGUGCUUUCAUGUAGCAAGGUAGAUAUGCAUCUGCUGAAGAUGAGUUGCAGUACAUAUGUGGACAUUAUUUAACUUCUUUUUAAUCUAACCUCAUACAUGUUUUUAGACAUUUCUCAUUAUCCAAGAACUGCCAAGAUGCAUAGUUACUCUACUCACAGUUGGAUGAAUCUACUUAAUCAGAAGAUGAUUCUGAAUAUUCUGCUAUGAGCACAAUCUUUAUGUGCUCUGCAUGUGGUUUCAAUUUGUGUUUUAUUGUUUUUGUUAUCUGAUAUACUGUGUGUAAGUCAUUACAUUUAUGUUUUUCUAUCUCUUUCUGCAUUUCAUUUGCAAUUUUUGUGUGUCAGGGGCACUGCCUAGGUGCAGUUGUGUCAGUAGUCUUAUAUUUAUUUUCAGUUUACAGAACUGUUAGAUGAAUCUCAAGAAGUGGAUGGUCAUUAAUCAUCUUCAUGUGAUCACAGUGCUUGUCUUUGUGUGAUGCUAAUGCUCAGACUGGAUUUCUUUCUUUAUAGUCUAUUUCCCAUAUAUUCUGCAUAAUAAUAAUUAUAACUGUUGCUUAUUCAAUUAUCUGGCUGACAAUAAUUUGUUAAAAGGAUUGUGUGAUUAGAAAUAGGAUUGAUUGAUGUAUGUGAGAUAAGUAUGCAACUUGAAAUUUUUCUUGCCAUAAUGCAUUAUACAGAUGAAAAGAUAUUUUCAUAUGCCAUAAGUAAUUCCAUUAAGAUGACAAAUGAAGAUGAAGGAACAAAGAUUUCCUAAAGAAAACUAUGGCCUAGAUCACAUUAUACCUGUGAUAAAAGAACCAGUAUUUCUUCAGGGACAUGCCUGAUGUCAGUUGCGUAUGUCAAUGUCUCUGUUAUAUUUGUUUGUGUAUAGUAUAUUAAAUAAAAGCUGUAAUACGAAUUUGUGUUCUUACAUUGUGAGAAAUAAAUGUUUCUCAUCAUUAACUGUUUAUUUAACAUUGAAUUUAUAUGUUGUUGUUUUUAUUGUACUUCAGUGACACAGAACAAAGCAUCAUAAUAAAUAUUUUGUUGCUGUGAGAGAA